UUUUAUGGUCAGAGCCGAAGAUACCGCAGAUAAGAACUCCGGACUGCCUUAUAUAAAAAAUAAGCGCCUUUACCACCGAAAUAGUAAACACAGCUAAAGGUUGAGUUGCCCUUCCGAGCGAUUUCGGACAAACUACAAGUCGUUUUUCUUCGUUACACUUUCAGGACAGCAAGGUCGGUUAGGUGACGUUUUUCCCCCUCCUUACUACCUUUGUAAUGAGCACUCAUGUUCGUAGUAACAGAUUAGUCAAACAUUGCCUUUUACGUAGUGUUUCGGGGUGACCCCUUUAACGGGCAACUUUCAGACAGUUAAACCGUUGGUUUUCCAGUAAAGGUGUACUUUCACAUUAUGGUAAGUGAAAACUAAACAAGGGUGCCUUUGGGAGGACUUUGCCCGUGUUUCAAAAGCAGAUUCGACGCAUUUAACCGUAAGUCUUCAUUUAUUGGGGUCACUAUUUACACCGAAACACCUGUCCAUCUUCCCAAAGUUUUCCAACGGGAAAAGCAGACGGUAGAACAUCCCUGGUAAAGUCUUUUGUUCGUGUUAGUUUCUUAAAAAUAAAAGUACUAAGUUUGACAGCAGUAGGAUAGUAGUAGUACAUGUAAGCAAAUACGCACAAGAUAUUAUGAGCCGACGCUACAUGCACUGCGCUUUAUAGUCGCAGUAACCGUUCCCCCCCUCGUGCCACGUGAUCGUGUAGUAUGAAUACUAGGGAUUGGGUGUUGUCUCAUAUAAGGUGAACGCGAACUUUUGGAAGUCUGGUGAGUCAAGAUUGAAGUUUGGUUCAGGCGCAGUGUGUGACAGGAGUUCGGAGUCUAGAAACGGGCUGUUUUAAAAGAAACUGCUACUGAGCAAGAAAAUGGCGAGCAUGCAGGAAGAGGAGAGGCAGUGUUUAUGACUUCAGAUAGCAGACUGCUUUUUAGAGCAAACAGCUGUCAGGAAGGAGCUGAUCUUUGUUAGAGUUUUACUCACUUUGGAGGGUGAAAGGAUAGUUUGUUCAUGGGUUGUUUUGACGAAAAAUGCAGCAGUGUUUUGGUGUUGUUUUCUUCCACAAACAGGCUUGAAUAUCACUGUACAGAUGGCUUAAAGUUACAGUUCAACAUUUUUUCUUAGAUAGAAAUGAGUCUUGUGGAUUAUUUAUGUUCUUAGUUUCUAGGUGGAUUAUUUCAUGUUACUUCCAUCCUUUUUUUUUUACCUGCUCAGUCCAAAUUGUCCGUAGAUUCAUCUCUGUUUUAGCAAUGUUUUUUUUUACCAGUGGAUUGUGGUGAAUGAUCUGCUUGGGAUCAACUAGUUUAAUGAUUGUUUACUGAAUUUUUGAUUACAACUUUGCCCAGGUUUCUAUGGAUACUAACAAAACAUCAGCCUGGUACCUUGGUUGUACUUGGCUCAUUGUUCCCUGUAAGGCUUAGUGGACUUGCUUAAGCUGUUUAAAGGUCUUGUUUACUGUGUUUGUACAAAACUUACCUCUGCAACCAUUGUGAAACUACUAAUACUGGUGCAUGUUUCAACAGAGAUAAAACACUAGUCACCCAUGGCCUUCCAGUCUGGUGAUGUGUCAGAUAGAGUUUCUCAGAAUUGAACAGGGUGGAAGCAGUUAUGACAUUGAUAAGCAGCUUUGGGUUUUUUCCAAGAAAAGAGGCGGUAAACUUUCUUGCUAUGAACUGUUGAACCAAAAUCUUUUUGAAGUAAAGAUGAUGAAACUCAGUGUGGGACAAGUCAACUAGUUAUGAUUAAUUGUUAGUCAUGAUUCUAGAUAAUUCAGUGUGUGAAAUCAAGGACUGCUGAUUCAUUGACCCAAGACUGAACAAGACUGAAAACUUAAGAUAGGGAAAAAAAAUAAUUUUAUUUGAAUAAGAUGGACUUUAUGAAAUAUGACAAAAUGUAUGUAUUAAGAAUAUAUACAUUGGCUAAAAUUAUAAGAUAUGUCAGUGAAAGUUAAGAGAUUCUGGAUAUUAUAUUUAACAGCUGUGGCUCAGUAGUAGAGUUGGACGUUUCUCAGAUGGAAGGUUGUUGGUUCAAUGUCGGAUCCUGCUGUCCACACGCCAGAGUGUCCUUGAGCAAGAUACUGAUACCCUGAAAAGCCUCCGGCGGUGUGUGAACAGGAUUAGUUGAAAAUGAUGAGCAGUUUCCAUCAGUGUGUGAAUGUGGUAUGAAUGGGUGAAUGACUGUGAUAGAAAUUGUGAGCGAGUUGGUGGUUUAAAAAAAAAAAACCCUUCUGGUUGGGGUUUAGUUCACUUUACUCACUGAUCUAUUUUUUAAUGUAACUUGAGUUGAAUGAAAAAAUGUACAAGUUGAGGUACCUGACAGUAUGACGAAGAAAUAUAUUGUCUAUAGCAAGAAUGAUUAGUAUUGUGUCCAAAAGCUGCCAAUGUAAUGCUAGUCAUAUGUUCACUAAGUGGCUUUUCAAGUAUCAUGAGAUUUUUAUUUAGCUCAUUUUGUAAGGAAAUGUACUGAAGUUAGAGGUAGGCACAUGCUUCUACUUUCUGUACUGAAACUCAAAUUAGGGGAAAAGUUUUUAAGUUUGUCUCUGACAGCCGUGUAUAACCCACUGUCUUAAAGCGUAACUUUAUGUGCUAUUGGUUUAAAAGAAAAAAAAAAUUCCAUGAUGACUUUAUCAGCUGAUUAUGAAACAAAGUCAAAUAUGCACAGCUAACAGACAAGGAUGUAAUAGACAAAGUAAAUUUACAACAGUACUGUACACACAGAAAAGGUGCACACACAGGCAUGAAAAAGAGAGACAAAUUAUUGCACAACUUGUGAUAAUUCUUACUAUUUUGGCUUAAAUUUUUGCUUAAAUGCAUGCAGAUUUGUGCAUCUGCAAGACCAAGUUGUACCAUAGUAACUGCUUGGUUUUUACACGGAACAAAUCAGUGAAGAGAUAAGAAACAUGGUUUUGGCCACAGGGGGCGCCACUUGUUUUUUUUUUUUUUUUUUUUAAACAAAAUUAGCCUGGAGGAGGAUUUGUGCUACGUUACAAGUGUGUUAUUCAACCAAACAAACCAUGAGGGUUCGAAAAACAGUGGUAAACAGAUUAUCAGGAGCUAGAGGGACUUUUGAUUCACACCCAGUUGAUUAUAUAUUUGUUUAUAACUUUGACUCAGCCGUUACUAGGUGGAGUCAAAAUAGAGCAAAGUUGUUUAACCAUUGUGUAUAUAAUUCAACUAGACAAACUACAUACCAUCUUCUGUCUGCCUAUAUAGCUGAACUGAAAGAUCAGGUCAUGUAAUGACACGCAAAGCUGUAAUGAUUGCUGUUAAUUUGUUGGAGGAAAAGUCAAGAUAGGAUGACAUCUGCUGGUUUGUGGGAAUACAACACCCCACUCUGUUUGUAAUGGAUUUUUUUGGAUUAUAAAUCAUAUAACCUCCUCCUAUGAGUUGUGUAUUCAAAAAUCAGACAUUUCUAAAACAUUUUCUUUUAGUUUUAAGGUGUUAAGUAGUGAAUUUUAAGCAUAGCCUUGGUACUCCCUCAAGGUAAAAUGAGCAGAGCUGACUUGUCGUUGGAUUUGAACCAGCAUUGGCCUAAUUAUGUCGUUAAUGAUUGAUUUACAGCUUGUGGGAAAGCCCUGCCGUUUCUCCCUCAUUCAACUUUUCCAAACUGAUUUUUUUUAUCUACUAUGCAGAAGGUAUCUGAGUAAACCUUUGCACUGCUGUAAAACCUUCAGUCAUGUUGUAGUCCCAGAGGACAGGGUAGCAAUGUUUUUCCCCCCUCUGUAACUACAACAGCCUGUCAGUAGAAACUGACAUGUUUACUUUGUAAACAAAGUGCCCUUUCAUCGUUUCACACCAAAAUGUUCCUCUUGCAAAACACAGAUGCAUAAAAAGUCAAAGAUAGUGUUGCAAAUAUUUGGUACACCCCACCUGGUAGGUCCCUGGUGCAUUGUGUGGUAUUUCAUGCGUUGCAGACAUUGCAUAUAACAACCACUGGAUGGAGCCAUAGGCAAGACUUUUAGCGUCACUUUGCAAAUCUUAAUCAAAAGCUAUGUUCAAAAUUCCAACUGGAAUGGAGAUGAAGAUGUUCGGACAGUUUUUACUCUCAGCUGGGUGCCAUAGUGUCCUUGAGUUAAACAAGUUUGUCUUGUCAUUUCAUCCACUGAAUCAUAAUAUUUUGAGGGUUAAUUUUACCCCCCACACACACACACACACACACACACACACACACACACACACACACACACAGAAACAAGUUUCAGUAAACUAAAAAGGCAUAUAGUGUGAAAAAAGAAAGCAUGUGUUAAAUUGCAGUAAACGAAGUGUGCCAGUGUUAACAUUUUUACCAUUUGUCUUCCAUGUUUGCAUGUCAGUGCAGCUUAUCAGGUGAAGCUGUCAGCAGUUUCCUGUUAUGCAUGAUCUGUAUCUCUUAACCAUAGAUGCGGAAAACCAGUUUUUGAGAAUUUGAACACCUCCAAAAAUGAUCAUCUUAAACAAGCACGAUUUCUGGGAAGCUAGGAGUUUUGACGGCGUGUUUUAGGCUUUGUUGUGGCGUCUAUGACUUUCCAUAUUGUUAAAAUGCAUCCAAGUGUGUGUGGUAUUUGCAUUAGCCCACAUCAUUCCCAUGUGACUCAUCAUACACGCAUCAGGCUGUAGCUACAGAACACAUUUUGGUCCAAGCACACCAAGUUUCACUGUGAUGAACAAGUCCUGUGUUUACGUCUCACAUUCAGCCACAUGUGGGCUUGGAAACUGCCUUCAUGGCAUUUUUUUUUAGCACAGCUUUUAAGUUUCCAUGUGCUGACACCUCCAUCAGGUAUAACUGCUGACAUCCUGACUGAAGUGCUUUCUGUUUUUCCUUCACAAGUGCUGUCUUUGCUAGUAAAAGCCUGUUUUGGCUGCUAACAGCUGUUUUGUGUGUUACUCAUUCACAGGAUUUAGCAGCAGAUUGAUGGAGAAGAAUGGAUCGAAUCUCGUUGGAUUGUUCCAACUCUUUACCAGGGAUUCCCCUCAGUGUGCUGUCAGUGCCCAUGGAGAAUAAAUACAAAUGUCAGCAGUGUCUCCAGGUCCUGAGGAAGCCUGUCCAGGCUCAGUGCGGCCACCGCUUCUGUGUACACUGCUUCAAGCAGCUCACCAGGUACACUGAAGGUCCUCGGACCACUUAGAAAGCCUACAUGCAUACCCUCAUGCCAGAAAUGCUUCAGUUCAUUAUGCUCUUGUCCCUGCUUGCCUUUGGGAAUGCUAGAAGAGUAAAUACUUUUUGCAAACUCAUCCUCACAUGAUUACACUCUUGAUCACAAGGAUCUGACUGUGCUGACUCAUUCAAAGGUGUCCGUCAUUCUCUUUUUCCUUGACCUGUUUGCUGACUCACUGUUUUUUCAUCGAUUCACACAGUACGCUGGUGUUUAACUGAAACUUGUAACACAGUGACAGCCUUCAUUUACAGUUUAUGCUACUUGUGAGAGAUACGAGCAGCUUUAUCAUGUAAAAAAAACUAUUUGAAAUAUAUGCAGACUCUUACGACGCUUUUUAAUGAAGAGAAACUACAAAGUGAAGAGAGCGACCAUUUUUUUUUUGUUGACAACACUGAGUAUAAUCCUGCAGUACCUCUGAAUACCACAAGGGGGCCCCAGUAACACAGAUGUCAGAAGCCAAUGGAUAAACAAAAGCUCGACAAACGAAGGAGGAACAUUAAACACACAAAAAAACUGAAACUGUGAAAAACACAGCUGUAAAAGUUGAGGUGUUUUCAUCAGUUGACGUGUAUCUCGUUAGCCUCUUGCUAAUGUCUUUUGCCAACUGUUUUGAUACAGAAUAAUUCUGCAUUUGAGUUACCUCGGAAGUCAGAUGUUGGAGCUAAAAAUGACGUCACACCCAAGUUACCACAUUUUGGUUACCAAGUCGGAAAAAAGCAAAAUUGGAGGCGGAAACAAGAUGGCUACAUCUACGAGAGUUAUUUUAGCACUGGCCUUGUCCUUGCCUUGUAAAAGAACUUUCGUAGGUGUAGCCAUCUUGUUUCCACCUCCGAUUUUGCUUUUUUCCGACUUGGUAACAGAAACACUGGUAACUCGGGUGUGAAGUCAAUUUCAGCUCCGACAUCUGACUUCCGGGGUAACUCAAAUGCACCAUGAGUCAACCAGUAGAUGACCCGACAGUAACAAGCUGAAAAGUAGACAUGUCGCCACCUGCUGUAGUGGAGGUGCACAGGCUUCUGUCAAUGAUUUAAAUUUUGCCCUGUUUUUGUCCAGUUAAGUCACCAAAUCAAACUUUAACUGCAGCUUGACAAGUAAACGUACCGAUUCAUUAAGUAUACAUGCACACUUUACUUGGUAUUACUGAUUAGCUAGCCAGUCUUUAUCGUAGGUACUUGGUCAAAUAGCACGUAUUUAAUGUUAAGACAAAGUCAUUCAAGCUAAAUGUUGGAAGUAUGGCGCUAGCUUCCUGGCUGACAGCUGAGUUGAUUCUCUAUUCACGGAAAUGAUGACCCAUAUGUCCAUGCCAGCAAAUUCUCAGGAGAUGGAGGGGAUUUCUACAAGAGUUAAUCACAUUCACAGGGAAACAGAGCCACGAAUAUUAUCUUUCCGAUGUAGAGCGUGUGAAAACAAUAAUAGCCUAGUUUUUUUCCAAGACGUAGGGAACUCUUUGAGUUGUCUCUUAAUAAAGUUCGGACACUUCAUGGACAUGCUGGCCUCAUCGUGGUUAAUACAUUUCUAAUAAUGGACUCUUUAUCUGUUACCAUCCCUUGCAUAUCAGCUAAUAAACAAACAAAUAUAUUUAAAAUAUAUGAAGCUAAAACUGUGAAGUGGAACGGUUAAAUACAAGUUCAUGAUAAAUGUUUUUUCAUGUAACUGCUUUCCUCCGUUCAUCAUACCACAUAUGAAAUCGCUGUUCUGAUCGACUUGAUUUCAGUCUGUUUUUCUCAUGAAUUGCAGCAUUUGUUUGGCACUAAAGCUUCCUUUUGUUUGUGUGAGCCAGCUGCUGUUUCCUCCUCAUUUUCUUUUUUUUCUAACUAAAAUCACAAACCUGUUUUGUUUGUCAGUUGUGGGCCCAAACCAUGCGAUGCCUGCCGCCAAGAGGAAAUAUAUGAGGAGCCGAUGUCCAUUCUUAACAGCAAUGAGGUAAGUUAAGAAGUAUUCAGAUAACAGGGUAUUAUUGUGAGACAUAUCCUUGUAAUCCAAACAGUAUCCUAACUCCCACUCAGUCUUAGAGGAAGGACUGUGACUAAACUGUUGUGGGAGAUCCCCUCUGUUCAGACAGUGAGACUUGGUAUGUCUGCUAGAAGCUAUUAUAAGUCAGGGAGUCAACGAAAGUCUGUGUUUUGUCACCCACCAGGCAUUCCCAGACAAUGCAGCAGGUAGAGAGAUAGCCAGCCUGCCUGCCAGAUGUCUAAACCAAGGCUGCAGCUGGACAGGCUCCAUAAAAGAGUAUGAGGUGAGGCAUAAGUUUGGCUUCUAUGUGUCAUUGUAGGGGUGUUGGCUGCUUCUGCUUUCUGUUCCGCCCUUCUGUUUAUAGUGUGAACUUGAUCUCUCCGAAACUAGUGCUGUCACUACAUCGCAAUCUUUGCGCAAUGCUCACACAGAGUAUAUCAUCUCAUUCUUUAGAUUCCAGCCCUAACUUUCCUUUCUCGCAAAGCUCCCGCUCACUCUGCAACUGAGAUAUAUUACAGUGUUGCACUCAAAGCACUUGGUGGUUGCAGCCAGGAAGUGCAGUACAGACUGGAAAGUCCCCAUGUUACCGGCAUACAAAACAACCCUGUGGGGAAGUACCAGCAGCAUAAUAAAGGGUCAUUUGAUUCGUGACUGCAGAGGAGUUAGUUAAACAUGUGAGGAAGAGCAUAUCCAUUUAGGUUAAGGUUCAGUUGUUUCAAAAGGCAGGAGGCACAAAGGCUGUAGAGACGUAAAACAGGUUUUGGCAUGUCUACACAAUGAUCCCUGUCCUUGAAACAGAAAGUGGUUGGAUGUGUUCUGGGAGAGGGAGAUUAGGCACCAGAAAAGCUGCUUGUACUUUUGUGUCUGAAGGGGUGUCUUUUUUUGGAUUAAAAUAUAAAUAAUUUAGUGUGUGAGUUAAUUUUUAAAAAGUCUACCCAGCGCUAAUUCAGUCUAAAGCGUGCUUUUCUGUUUGCGGUUUAACUCAGUAUGACUCCACUGAGAUCAGCUUUAGAAGCUGAUUUAGGAAAUGAAAAAAUGAGAACUGCGUGCAAAUCUGCACACGCGGUCACGAGUUCUUGUCACUUAAGUCCUGUUUACCGUCGAGGAGCACAGAAUUAGUGUCCACUCUGCAAAAAUUGCUCUGUGUGGUAAAUGUUUGCUGCACUGUUUGAUACGCUUGUGUUAACAGCCACUAACCAUUGUGGUAAAUGAUCCGUACUUCCGCUAGCUUGCAGUUUACACCCAAAGCUAACUUUCGUAAAGCUGGAAAAACAAACGAAACAGGAUGUUUGUAAGGCGCGGUGAUGACCGACAUUCCACAGACUGGUUAUGUAGUUUUAGAUUCGCUUCGUCAAACGUCAGACUAGUCUUCGAUUAGAGAUUAAAAAGAGGCAAGCCUACCUUUGUCUCGAUUCCGUGGCUCCUACGUGCUAAUCAACGUCCAUUGUGGAGAGACCGCCGGCCUGGUCAUUAAACUCCGCCCCUUCCUGGCGCCAGAACGUCAUUUUUUUCCGUAUUUUUGUAAAAGUUUUUUUUUUCUUUUACAAAAUUAUCAAAGAUUUAACAGCUUUAAAUAAAGAAACUCACUUUUUUAAAGUAACUUUAAAAAAAAUAUUUUGACUAUUUUUGUGUUCAUUCUCCCAUGUUCUGUCUACCCGGCGCUAAUUCAGUGUAAAGCGUGCUUUUCUGUUUGCGGUUUAACUCAGUAUGACUCCACUGAGAUCAGCUUUAGAAGCUGAUUUAGGAAAUGAAAAAAUGAGAACUGCGUGCAAAUCUGCACACGCGGUCACGAGUUCUUGUCACUUAAGUCCUGUUUACCGUCGAGGAGCACAGAAUUAGUGUCCACUCUGCAAAAAUUGCGCUGUGUGGUAAAUGUUUGCUGCACUGUUUGAUACGCUCAUGUGUUAACAGCCACUAACCAUUGUGGUAAAUGAUCCGUACUGCCGCUAGCUUGCAGUUUACACCCAAAGCUAACUUUCGUAAAGCUGGAAAAACAAACGAAACAGGAUGUUUGUAAGGCGCGGUGAUGACCGACAUUCCACAGACUGGUUAUGUAGUUUUAGAUUUGCUUCGUCAAACGUCAGACUAGUCUUCGAUUAGAGAUUAAAAAGAGGCAAGCCUACCUUUGUCUCGAUUCCGUGGCUCCUACGUGCUGAUCAACGUCCAUUGUGGAGAGACCGCCGGCCUGGUCAUUAAACUCCGCCCCUUCCUGGCGCCAGAACGUCAUUUUUUUCCGUAUUUUUGUAAAAGUUUUUUUUUUCUUUUACAAAAUUAUCAAAGAUUUAACAGCUUUAAAUAAAGAAACUAACUUUUUAAAAGUAACUUUAAAAAAAUAUUUUGACUAUUUUUGUGUUCAUUCUUCCAUGUUUUGUACUUUUACUUCCCAAUCUUUCCAUCUUUUGAAAACUCUCUUUGGCGUUUUAGUAUCUGCUUUUUAAAAAAGAGGCUUUGCUUAUCUUCGCUGUGUUAUUUGUGUUUACAUGAUGUCGCAUUUAAUUACAUAUAAUUUGAUUUCAGCAGUUUGAUUAUACCUCCCAAGGUCGGAAAGAAUCUUUUGUCAGUACCAAGUCACGCAAACAGCAGCACUGUAUUGUUACCGUAGUUGCCCAGCUGCCGUGCUUUGGUGAUAGAUAAUUACAAUGUUUGUAUAAAAAAAGAGCAGCUUGUUUUUCCACUUUAAACCGUCAGUAUAUUAUAGACCACUCCUGCUUACAUGUUCAGGUGUGUCUGAUUUUUACAGCUGCAUUCAAGCAAGUGAAGAUAAACAAAGAUGUGUCGUCCUUAAAUAACACUGACAAAGCUCUAUGUUUUGUUGGAUAUUCCUCUAAAAGUAGUCAGAGUGAACACCUGGCUCAUGCAAAAGACUUACAGUGUCCUAAUGAAUACAACUCUGUCUUGAAUAUUUAGAGUCAGCAUGAAGGUCACUGUGAAUUUGAGAGGAUACAGUGCGAGGCCUGCAAAAUGUUGAUCCUUCGUACGGAGAAGGACAGACACGCUGAGAGAGAGUGUGAGGCCAGAAUGCUCAACUGCAAAUACUGCAAAAUGACCUUCAACUUUAAAGAUAUCAAGGUGAGGAGCAGAGAAAGCAAGUGAAAGCUUUGAGCUUGUUUAGAUAUUAUAAAUAGACUGGGAGUAAUAUUCUAAUACAUAUAUAUUUAUAUGGUGUAUUUCAGGCCCAUGAUGAGAUCUGCCUCAAGUUUCCCUUACAAUGCAAAGACUGCGGCAAGAAGAAGAUCCCACGAGAAAAGGUUUGAAACAUUCAUGAACAUACAAGACUGCGCAAAAAUCCCAAAUUCACUGUUAACGCGAUGUGAGCAUUCGCACAGUUAAUAUGCACGACUUCAGAUUUACUCAUUCGUUGCAUUUCAUAUUGUUUUUCUAAAAUGGAGCAAAAGAUUUUCACAUUACGCAUUUUCUUAAACAAAUGAUACUGGAUCUGUAGCCUCUGCUAAGAUAUAACGUGCCCUGAACAGCACAAAAUUACCUAAAGAGCUUUAAAGCCAAGAAAAUGAUAAGGAAUGUUUACAAGAGACAGAAAGUAUCAGUGUGUGUUGCUCCUGGAUGGUCUAGAAAGUGAAAGUGGUCUCCUGUUGAGCUUUAAGUUUCCCUAUGACUGUGAAUCCCAUUCACUUUCAUUUUUCUCUUUGAUCCGGGAACUUUUUUGGGAGCUGGUCAAUAGUCCUAAACUUUUUGUUUUUGUCUCUUCUUACCUUCAGUUCAACGACCACAUCAAGUCCUGUGCCAAGACAAAGAGUGCCUGUCCUUUCAAUGAAGUGGGCUGUAAAUCUGUGGUAUGUACAGUCAUCUGCACAAAUAUGCUUCUUUCUUUACUUCUUUAGUUAAGGGAGUUGACCAAAUACUCCAGGACAAAUAGACUGAAAAGAGGUCCCUUACAAAGAAAUGAAACAACAGUUUAUUUAUCAAGUGGGUGUGGCUCUGUUUGAAAAAGUCAACAGGAAAUUGUUUCCACCAAUCAGAGUUGAGCAUUGUUUGAAUUCUGAGGUGCCCACAGAGCUCUGUCAAAGCUGUGAAGUUUUUUUGUUUUUAACUUUUAAGUCUCCCAACAAACAUUAGCUGAGGGUUUUUUUUAGGCCUAACUGAAACUUAAGAGGAACAUCUUUGUUGUAUUUACCCCCACAAAAGAAAUCUGACAGCAGUUUCAGUGUGGGCCUCCUCUGUGAAAGCAGGGGGUAAAAGUUGUCUGUCGUGCGUUUUCAGAUAGAAAACGGGAAGCUCAGCGACCAUGAGCACAGCAGCACCAUGGAGCACUUGCGUCUGCUGCUGCCCAUGGUGCUGUCCAUGGCGAGGACACGCUCUGACCCUGGUCCUGGGGAGUGGCAGGAGGACUCAGGUCUGGGCCUGUACAGGUCUCCUGAGGAGGGAGUCACUAUGGGCGCCGGAGCUGCAGCCUCUGUGCAGUCUGUGGACUUGGAUAAAAAGGUUCGAUCGAUCCCUUGUUCUUAUACUGCUCAGGUUUGUAGUUGUUGAACGAGGGUCUAAGUGGAUUCGUUUCUGUGUUCUUGACAGGUCAAAGCUUUGGAAAACAUAGUCUGUGUCCUGAACCGGGAGGUGGAGCGGAGUUCUGUGACAUUGGAUGCUUUCUCCCAUCAACAUCGUUUAGAUCAAGAAAAAAUCGAAAACCUCUCCAACAGAGUGAACCAGUUAGAGCGGACAGUCCAGAUGAGAGAUCUGCAGCUGGCCGAGCGAGACCAGAUGGUGCGAGAGCUCCAGUUCUGCACCUACGACGGGAUAUUUGUCUGGAAAAUCUCAGACUUCGCCCGCCGCAGACAGGAUGCUGUGGGCGGUAGAACACCUGCCAUGUUUUCUCCAGGUGAGAUCAAAGUUAAAGGCUUUACCCGUCCACCUACUUCCUUUUUUUAAACACCAUAAAUCCAGUGAGAUUAUUUAGAAAGAAUGAGAAAGCAUCCAACAAGACUGACAGAUGAAAAUAGAUUCAACUAGAUGGAAAAAAAUAAUCAGAGUAUAAUAAAAGUUUGCUUUUUAAUCAGGGCAGCUGUCUUUGGGUUGUCUGCCAUUCCUGAACUUGAGUGAGCCAGAAUCAUGUGUUUCACAUGAUCUUGACUCUUGGCGUGUAGUCACGGGGAAUUCCUCCUCUCUACGCCCUUGUUGUUCUUCAGGGAGUGUUUGUGUGUGUCCUUUUUUCACAUGACCAUUAUAUUUAAGCCCUGUGCUUACAUUUACAUCCUUCCUCUCCUGCUUCUCACAGCUUUUUACUCCAGCAAGUACGGCUACAAAAUGUGCCUGAGGCUGUAUCUGAAUGGCGACGGGACAGGCAGAGGAACUCAUCUGUCACUGUUUUUCGUCGUGAUGAGGGGAAAGUGCGACGCUCUGCUCAAGUGGCCUUUCAGUCAGAAGGUAAACGAACGUUUGAAGAAAUCUUUUGCGCCAGUUGUGCGCCACACCAAACAGAACAAGUACAAGCUCCUCUCUCUCUCCUCCUCCUUCAGGUGACUCUUAUGCUCUUGGAUCAGAACAACAGGGAGCACAUCAUCGAUGCUUUCCGCCCCGAUGUCACCUCCAGCUCUUUCCAGAGACCCAUCAGUGAGAUGAAUAUCGCCAGCGGCUGCCCGCUCUUUUGCCCGCUAGCUAAACUGGCAGGCAAGAGCUCGUAUCUCAGAGAUGAUACAAUAUUCAUAAAAGCCAUCGUAGACCUAACUGGCUUGUAAUGUGUGUACUGUGGAAGCUACACCAAAAUACUUAAAAAGGCAAAAACGAGAAACUAAUAAUAAAUAUAUAAAUACAAUAACUUUAUUAUAUUGUUAUAUAUGAUAAACAUAAUAAUUAUAUCAUAUCUAUAUUAUAUGACAAGAAUGUAAUUCUUGUCAGUGUCACAUUAGGGCAGAUAUACAAUGAUGGGAAGUCACAUCUAAGGCUGUGGAUCUGUUUGAGUUAUGGGCAUCCAUAUUUAGAGGAUAAAUUAACCUGACUUAUAGCAACCGAUGGACGGAGGCACAGCCAUGUCAAAACUCUGCUUUAUAUAAACUAAACCAUUACUCUUAUCGUGUAUAUGUCUUGUAUUCAUUUGACUUAGGAAGCACCUUAAUCACAAACUUAUGAAGCUGCCACUCGCCGCUAAAGCAAAGUGCUUGAACUAGUAAACGCUCUAGCUACAGGAAAUAGCUGAGCUCAGUAACGGUCUUACUAUAAGGAGCGCUGUAGUCGUCCUAAUGUGACAUACUCUGCAUUUAUUAACAUAUAUUUUAUGUCAUAUACCUUGUCGGAAUUAUAUCUAUAUAUGCAUUAUAAUAGCGGUAAUACUCUGUAACUCUUUACAUCUUUUUUGAACAGGACAAAUCGCUCGCAUGACAGGAGUAAACAAAGAUGUUUGGCCUUCUGUUAGAAGUCAAGGUUUUCUUAAAUCAAUGCUUUUUACAUAAAAGAGUAGGAUUUUAGUUUCAUAAAACUGUGACAAAAUAAACUUAUCUAUGUUGCCGUAAAUAUGGGAUCUGAGCAUAAAACUUACCUCAUUUAAAGAUAUAAGAUUCUUAGACUGCUUUGUGUUAUGUUUACAGCUUUACUUUAGCGCUAACUGUGGAAUUCACUGAUAUGAACUACUUAAACCUGAAGUCACCAUCCUUAGGAAGGUUUUUACCUACCUACCAGAAACUUGUAUUAAAAUGUACUUUAUAAAUGGCCUUAUGGAAACUGAAAAUAUACAGCUGUAGAUACAUAUAACAAUACUGAGCUAAAUGAAAAACAUACCUUGAUGGUAAGUGCAUUCAGUGUACCAGAAAACUUUGAUAACUCGUUUCCACUAUAAAUUAUGCUUUCCUACCUUUAUUAUAUCUCUCAACUUUGUCUAGUUUCCUUUUAACUUGGUGUGAGUUUUCAUCGUAUAUGUGUGUAACAUCAAAGUUUGUUAGAAGUAGUAUGAUGAAAACUAGUUUAAAAAAGAAUAAAAUCAAAAUAAAUUGAUUUUUCUGAUGAA